AUGCGUGUCUUCAUUGAUGCAGAUUUCUUACCAUCAGCACCAUCUGAUGAGCCUGCGGAAGACAAGAGGCCAAGUUCACCAACUUCGUCUGACACUGUCAUUGAACCAGCGGUGUCUCCUCUCACUGAUAUUUUCCCAAAACAGACUGCGCCAGAAGACACAAGUAGGCUAUUUACACUCAAGCUAGUCAUGUCCUGUACACACUGUGAUCCCGGCGUAGGCGUGGACGCGUUCUUCCACGCCCUGUACACGCAGAACUCGACUCGCACCGUCAUGCUGCUGGGCUCCGCCUGCUCUGACGUCACCGAGAGCCUCGCCAAGGUCGUGCCCUACUGGAACAUCGUCCAGGUGUCGUUCGGGUCGACGUCUCCGGCGCUGAGCGACCGCAAGGAGUUUCCGCUCUUCUACCGCACCGUGGCGCCGGACUCUUCACACAACCCGGCCCGGCUGGCGUUCGUGCGCGGCUUCGGCUGGGACACGGUGGCCGCGCUCAGCCAGAACGAGGACGUCUACUCACUGGCGGUGAACGACCUCGUGACGGAGCUGGAACAGGCCAACAUCACAUGCAGCGCCACCAUCACCUUCGCAGAGUCCGACUUCGAGGACCAGAUGCGCAUGCUGCGGGAUCUUGACACCAGGAUCAUCAUCGGCAGUUUCUCGCAGCAGGUGGCUCCGAAGAUUUUUUGUGAGGCCUACCAGCUGGGCAUGUUCGGCGGCGACUACGCGUGGAUCCUGCAGGGCGGGCCCGACAGCCGCUGGUGGCGCAACGCGUCGGCCCCCUGCCCGCCCACGCAGCUGGCCGCCGCCGUGGAGGGCCUGCUGCUCGUCUCCUCGCACAACCGCCUCGUCGGCAGCGCGCCCGCCAUCUCGGGCAUGACGAACGCGCACUUCGUGGAGGAGUUCUCUCGGCGCGCGCUGCCCGUGUCGCCGUACGCGCCGCAGACGUACGACGCGGUGUGGGCCAUCGCCCUGACGCUGCGCGCCGCACACCGCCGCUGGGCCGGCGCCACCACGGUGCGCCACUUCGACUACUCGCGCCGCGACAUGGCCCAGGAGUUCCUGCGCCAGAUGGGCCGCCUCAGCUUCCUCGGAGUCUCGGGUCCAGUGUCUUUCAGUGGCGCCGACCGCGUCGGCAUCUCAGCGUUCUACCAGGUACAAGGUGGCGAGGUGGUGACGGUGGCGCUGUUCGACCCCGCGACGGGCGCGCUCGACUUCGGCUGCCCCGGGUGCGGCGCGCUGGCGUGGCAGGGCGGCCAGGUGCCGGUGGCGCGGCGCGAGUUCCGGCUGCGCGUCGUCACCAUCGAGCCGGCCGCCUUCCUCAGCGUCGCCUGCCUCGCCGUCGUCGGCAUCUCGCUCGCCGUCGCCUUCCUCGCCUUCAACCUGCACUUCCGCAAACUCAAGUACAUCAAGCUGUCGAGCCCGCGCCUCAACAACAUGGCGGUGGUGGGCUGCAUCCUGGUGUACACGGCCGUCAUCCUGCUGGGCCUGGACCACGCCACGCUGCCCGCCAGCACGCACUUCCCCGCCGUCUGCACGGCACGGGUUUACCUGCUGUCAGCUGGAUUCUCCUUGGCUUUCGGCUCCAUGUUCACGAAGACGUAUCGCGUGCACAGGAUCUUCACCAGAAGUCGCAGCGGAGUCGUAAAGAAUAAGCUGCUGCAGGACACGCAGCUAAUAUCGCUGAUCUGUGUGCUGCUGUUGAUCGACGGUCUGAUCGUGACGCUGUGGGUGAUCGUGGACCCCAUCCAGCGCCACCUGCGCAACCUCACGCUCGAGAUCAGCGCGUCCGACCGCAGCGUCGUGUACCAGCCACAGGUGGAGGUGUGCCGGUCGCAGUACACGCACUCGUGGCUGGGCGCGCUGUACGCCUACAAGGGCCUGCUGCUCGUCGUGGGGGUCUACAUGGCCUGGGAGACGCGGCACGUGAAGAUCCCGGCGCUGAACGACUCGCAGUACAUCGGCAUGAGCGUGUACAGCGUGGUGAUCACCAGCGGCAUCGUGGUGGUGCUGGCCAACCUCAUCUCGGAGCGCGCGACGCUCGCCUUCGUCACCAUCACGGCGCUGAUCCUGACGUCGACGACGGCUACGCUGUGCCUGCUCUUCCUUCCCAAGAUGCUGGCCAUCCUGGGUCGCGCCGCGCACGCCGACCCCAUCGUCGAGAGCAUGGGCCUCAAGAUAGAGUGCAACACCCGCAGGUUCGUGACGGACGACCGGCGGGAACUGUACUACCGCGUGGAGGUGCAGAACCGGGUGUACCGGCGGGAGAUGGCCGCGCUCGACCUGGAGAUCGGCCGCCUCAAGCGGCAGCUGUUCGACUCCCCUGCGGCCUCCUCUGCCGGCUCCACCUCCUCCGUGGGCACCAAGCGGGGCGAGCUGUCGCCGCUGGAGGCGACGGCACUGGCGCGGUUGAGCAUCGACGAGGCGAUGCCCAACCCGGCGGCCGGCGUGGGCGGCGGGCUGCCGCUGCUGCUGCUGUCGGUGCUGCCGCCGGUGAUCCCGCGCGCCAGCUGGCCCUCGGCCGACCGCGGCCAGCUGCCCAUGCGCCGCCAGGUCACCUUCAGCUCCGAGCCCAAGCUGGACGACAACGUCGCCUCCGCCGUCUGCUCCCAGCCCGCGCCCUCCGCCCACGGCGACUACGACGACGUCGCCAGCUUCGACCACGACGGUGACGUCGACCCGGAUGUGGAGGGACUGCACGGCGCCAAUCGGAAGCAGGGAGUCUUUGGCCGCAUCUGGAGCUUUUUGGGGAGCAGUCGCCCUUCCAGUCGCAAGGCGUCGGCGACGUCGUUCAGCGGCGGCGGCGGCGGCGCUGGGAUCGCGUCUGCGCUGCGGCUCCACAUGGGCUACUUGUCCGGCCUGGUGGCGGGGGCGGGACCCGGGGCCCACCAUGGCGGCUCCGGCGCGUCCACACUCAGCCACAGCCAGUGCGCGCUCGGAACAGCGAUGGUGCCGGCGUCAUCGCGCGAGCUGCACCCCCUGAAGAAGCUGAGCAGCGCCGGCAUAGCCACGGGCGGCAGCGGGCCCAUCAUCAGCGUCACCUCCAACGACGACGCCGACGCCGACGCCGACGCCGACGCAGGUCGCCGCAAGUUCUCGCUCGGCAUGUGUCUCUCCAGGGACCUGGACGGCGGCCCCGUAGGCAGCCCGUGCGUGCUGUCCAAGGAGGCGCUGCGGCGCGCCAGCGCGGGGGCGUCGCCGCGUCCGCGCGCCGGCAUCCACCACCAGCACUCGCAGCCCAACCUGCCGUUCCGCGAGCGCGCCAAGGGGUCGCCGCGCUUCCCGCACCGCGUCGUGCCCACCUGCAGCCUGACGGCGCUCGACAGCCGGCGCAAGAGCAGCCGCGCCGACCUGCUCGACAAGUGCCGCUCGCUCGAGGACGCCCGCUCCUUCCACUGCGGGUCGGCCGCUGCGCACGCUGCAGUCCACCAGGUACACCUGCCGCCGCCUGACUGGCCUCCGAACACGCCUUUCUACGACAUCUUGAGGUAUCGGGUGUCUGGGUCCAACUGGAAACCCCGUGCUGCCAGUUACAGUCCCAACUGUGACGUUUGGGGGACGGCGGAGUUCGGCAUCCCUCUGAGUGAACUGGCCAACAGCAACCGCGGGCGAGACCGCGACAGCGCUCCCAACGUGAAGGACUAGAAACAGCACCACCUGAAGAGGUGC